GUACGAUAACACUACAUGUGUUUAAUGAUUAGAUAACAUAUUUUUCCGUAACGACUGAUAAAAUUCAAAUCGUCUUGGAAAUUCAAUAAUUUGAAAUAAAAACAGUCAAUGGGUGCACGAACAAAUUCAAACGUGGAUAUGAGGACGUACAAAUCUAAGUUGGGCCAAAGGCGUUACAUCAACUAUAGCAGUGAAGCACUGGAUGAAGCAUUACUUAAAGUAGUAAAUGGUGAACUUUCCCUUAGAAAAGCUUCUAAGCAGUAUAAUAUUCCUUAUGGGACUAUAAACAAUAAAUUUCAUGGAGUUCAUAUAAGAAAAAUGGUGGACAAACAGCAUUGACAGAAAAAGAAGAACUGGCAUUAAUAAUGGGCAUAACUACUUGUGCUGAUUGGGGCUUUCCGUUUACUACUAUUGAACUUCAGAUGUUCACAAAAUGUUUUUUGGAGUCCGCCGGAGUGGGUAUAAAUAAAUUUAAAAAUAAUACUCCUGGGUCAGAAUCGGUAAGAAGUUUUUUAAAACGUCAUCAAAAUGUCAUUGGAAAAAGAUUGACACAAAAUAUAACCAAAGCGAGGGCUGGUAAAAAUAAACGCAGAAAAAAUAAACGCUUACGCAUUGCACCUGGGGUAAGUGUUACUGCUAAUGAUAGUGAAGAAGUGGUGACUGAAGAAGCUCAUAGACAGGUGAAUGUUGAUAAUACAGACUCUAUAGUAGUUGUAAGUGAAGACAUACAAAAUCAACUAGUGUAUGAAUCAAUUAAUAUAGGAAAAUAUUUAUUGGUUCAACUGAAAUCGAGUAGAAUUAAAGGUACUAUAUAUAAGUAUGCUGUUAUAGUAAUAAAAAAAACUAGAAAAGAUGAACUGCAAGUAAAUGGUUUAAAGUCUAUGGACAGUCAACAAUCAACAUUCAAAUUUGUAGAGAAUGAUGUUUUUACUAUAACAUUGGACGAUGUGAUAUCACUGUUACCUGAACCACAGGUCAUUGUAUUACUAUUUGUGGCAGAACUAAAUACCAAUUCCCUAGUAGUGUGAACGUCAAAGAAGCUUAGUUUACUUAAAAGAAUUGAGAAGACUGAACUUAGAAGACUGAUACAAUUUAAUAUUUGUUAAUAGGUACCUUAAUUUUUUGUUAUUUCUGUUAAAUUUCUUUUGUUACUAGUCAAGAAGACUACAUAAACUUUAUACCUACCUAGGAACCUAUUAUGUUUAAUUACCUAUUUACUAUUUUAUUAUGGUACCUAAGUAUUUUAUUUUUAUUAAUUUUAUAAUUAUCCUUUUGUUACUAUUCAAGAAGACUGAAUAAACUUAAUACAUAUAAUGUUUCA